GAAGUAUUGGACUUUGUCAGAUACACAGAGAGGACUUCAGUUAGUAUCCGCUAGUCUCUCCAAAGCUAGAAGCAAUCAGCCAUGACGAUCGUGGAGAUGCAGAUGAGCAUCGACUGCGACGGCUGCGCGGACAACGUGAGGAAGGCCCUCCUGAGGCUUCAAGGCGUGCACUACGUGGACGUGGACAGGGCGCGGGACAAGGUGACGGUGACCGGCACGGCGAGCCAGAAGAAGGUGCUGCGCGCGGCGCGGCGCACGGGGAAGCUCGCCGUCCUGUGGCCGUCCGCCUACAACCCGGAGUACCACCACCAGAACCACCACGCCUACACGCAGCCGGCGUUGUACCACCACCAACAGCUCAAGCCCGCCGCCGCCGCCCACGCGCACCGCUACUACAACAGCGUGCCGCACGGCAGCAACGGCGGCGGCGGCAAGGGCACCAGUUCGUACAACUACCACGUCCACGGCUACUACGACUCGGACCUCCACGGGCACUACGGCCACGAGCAGCAUGUCGCCGCGGGGAGCUACUUCAGCGACGAGAAUCCCCACGCCUGCUCCAUCAUGUGACCGGCCGGUGGCUGCUCCCCAUGACUACUGAUCGAAUCGGGUCGAUUCAUCGACCAGCUUCUGCUGCAGCGUGUAUAUAUGCCUCUUGUGUACAGUUCUGCAGGUGCUCUGUAUAAAACUUCAAAGCCCAUGUCUGGUACACGGUA